AUGUUUGAUGUGACGUCAUCAUGCUGCGCCCCAUGCUUUGCCUGCCUGGGUCUGAGUAGUAGAAUCCAGAAGGUGCCCAGAGACACAAUAAUCCGUACAUCCGUCCUUGCCAGAUGGGUCGUGGGGAAGGUGAUUGGCACAGCCAUGGUAAAAACUGCUAACGUAAGAGCGACCAGACUUGUUUUGGAUCCCUACUUGCUAAAGUACUUCAACAAGCAGAGAACCCACUUUGCUCGCGAUGCCCAUCAGCAAUGCUGCAUCGGGGACAUCGUGUGCCUCAGAGCUUUGCCUGUCAAGGGAUCAAAGCACGUGACACAUGAACUGGCUGAGAUCUUUUUCAAAGUUGGCCAAGUUAUUGACCCAGUCACAGGAAAGCCCUGUGUGGGGUUCGCCUACCUAGAAAGUCCACUCAGUUCAGAAACUGCUAACCCAAGUAAAACUCCCGAAGAACUCAAGGUCCCUUCCACCUAG